AUGGCCCUGAGCAGGAAGAUGUUUUAUUUUAUCUUGGCUUUGUUCUUCAUUUUGGCUGAACUGCCAACAGUGUGCCAGGCAGGCCUUGAUUAUUCCCAGUCAUUUCCAGCAGGUGAGUUUGCUGUCUGUGAACCGUGCAAGCUUGGUCGGGGAAAAUGUAGGAAGGUAUGCAUGGAGGAUGAGAAAAUUGAUGGACGCUGCAAGCUGAACCGUUUCUGUUGCCGACGGAGGGUGUGA